UCCUCCUCCUUCUCCUCAUCCUCUUUCUCCUCCUCCUCCUUCUCCUCCUCCUCCUCUUUCUCCCCCUCUCUUUUUUCCUCUUCCCCUUUUCGUUCUCCCACCAGUUCUUCUUGUUUCUUAGUCUCCUCCUCCCCAUCCUUUUCCUCUCCUUCCUCUACACUCAAAUAUUCAUCCUCCUCUGGCUCUGUGUGCUCCUCCUCUGGCUCUUGUGCUUCCGGCAAAUCCACUGUCGCACCGACUUCACCUCCACCACUGGCUCCCUCUUCCACUCCUUCCCGCUGCACAGGGUGCUUUCUGCUUUCCUCCUGCUGCACCACCUCUCCACCAUCUCCCUCCUGCUGUGCAGGCUCUGGUGCCACUACCUCGCUCUGCACACCCGUUGCUUCUUCCAUUGUAGUCAUGUCACUAGCCAUUAUCCUACAAAUUGUAUGCAGAGGCACCUCACGUACGCAUGUAGACUACAGCCACCUUGGAAUUCCAUUUAGUGCCCCAAACUGGUAGUCGACUGUACAGGCUCACCUGCGUCGUUAAGCCCGACGGAAAACUAGCUUCAAAGCGGCGUGGAAAGCUUCGGUGAUGCCCUUGCUUCCUGGCGAAUACGCUUUGGGUCUUUCCCUCCACGCGAACCGGGUAUACACACCAAAACCGCCGCUCCGCGCAAGAAAAUACGGGGGGACACGGAGAUAUGCGGAAACAUUUCACGCUAUAAAACCGCGCGGAACAUCUCUGCGUUUCAUGCGUGUGUAUUAAAAGUACGGGCAUCAACAGUGCUAGUGCGCCAGUAGAAGCGUGAGGAUUGUAGGGAGCCAACUUGGCUUUCCUGAAGUUUUGCCCGACGAGUUAGGCCUAUUUUCGCCAGCAACUUACGCCCUAUUCGACCAGCGUCAACUUCUGACGCUCCCCCGUAGUGUGUGUGUGUUAAUCCCGUUUUCCGCCCGACCGUUGUGGGUGUCAACUGAUUUCCCUCCCUCUCUUUCCUACCCACCUGUGAACGACCCCAACACUCGACUUGAGUUUGGAUCCGCACGAUGGCCCAGCAGCAGCAAGAAACAGGCGCCAGCCCCGACAAGCACGCGUUGGCCUCAGUCUUGAGCUAUCUCAGGGACAAACAGCUAAAGGAGACAGAGCAGGUCCUGAAGAGAGAGCUGGGGCUCGAAGGAGCCUCGCAAAUGGACACCUCUUCCUCCAACCUACCACCUGUCCCACAGAGUGAUACUGAGCCUGCAAAGUAUCAGGAGUCAUACUCUAGACCAGCUCCCGCAUCCUCACCUUCUACUGAGGCUGACCUCCAGCCCGCCGCCACCCCACAGCAGCCCCGUCCAGACGACUCUCUGUACACUUCAAUGAGGGAGCCCCCAUCGUCAAACGGGGAAGACGACGACUCCGAAGAAGAAGCCGAAGAGGACAUCUCUGACCCAGCCUCCCCUGAGUACGAGAAACAACGACCCAUGUCCUGGCCCGGAAGUCUUCCCCGCCACCACCUCAUCAAGUUCCCCAGCAGACCUGCAGAACAAGUGAUCCUCAACCAGGCCCCCUUCAGGGCCCAAACUACCACCCCCUCCUCCUCCUCUACCCCUGUUGCAACUCCAGCAGGGAUUGUAUCUCCUCCCUCUCUCUCACCCACCCCCACCCUACCCCUCUGGGCUGUCAGUUGCUCCUCCGCCACUCUCAGGCCCAUAUCCGUCAAUUCCUCUGCCUCCUCUUUUAACUCUUCCACGUCUGUCAUCUACAGCAUGCUUGGCUCGCAGCCUCAGCCGCUCCUUACCCCUCUCCUCACCAUUGUACCUUCCACGGCCCUUGUUUCAACGGCCGCUAUUGCGGCAAAGCCCAUCAAAGCCAGCCCUCCGUCACUCAUCUUCAGUAUGCAGGGAAGACCCUCUAAUCUCCCAGCUCUGACGCGUCCCCUCACUGCGUCUGCCGCCGCUGCAAUUCUACCGCCACACGCCCGGAGUUCUAGCUUUGUGAGAGGCCGUCAGGUUGUAAGCCCUGCAGGGAGUCCGCAGGCCGAGCCAGCCACUGGUCAGACAAUCAUCUCUCCUCUGAACAAGCCACCUCUGCCCAGGGUUCUUGGCCAGGUCCCGGCACAGCGGACUCUUGCAUCCAUCCCACCCUCCGAGAUGACCCCGCAGUACGUGGAACUAAAGGCCUUUGCGGAGGAGUUCAAGACGAAACGCAUCCGUCUCGGCUACACGCAGGGCUCAGUCGGACAGUCCCUCGCCCGGAAGGGCUACAGCAACUUUGCUCAGAGCACAAUCAGCCGAUUUGAGCAGAUGCAGCUGAGCGCCACCAACGCCGCUGCCAUCAAACAGGUUCUGGAGAAAUGGCUCCAGGAGACCGAAUUCCCAGAGUCCGUGCCCGCAAACAACUCCGACGUGCCAAUAGUGGCAUCACGCAAGCGCAAGAAGCGAGCAGUGUUCACCCCACAGACCAAAUCCACACUGGACGAGUUCUUCCGCCAGAACCCGCGCCCCAACCGACAAGCCAUCGAAUCGAUAGCCCAGCAACGCGACCUCCUCCCCGAAGAGGUGCGCGUGUGGUUCUGCAACAAGCGUCAGAAGCAGAAGCAGUCCUCAACCUCCUCGGUCUCGUCCUGCUACUCCGCCAUCUCUCCCUCGUCGAACUGCAGCAACAGUGGGUUCCUGGCCAUCCACUCCCCGUCCCUCUCCCCGAAGCAGCGCUCUCCGUCGCCAAAGACGAGUUUCACCAUCGAGGAGCUGAGCAAGAGCUCUAACAACGGAGGGUGCUCAUCCACCCCGAGCCCCGUCCUGCUCACCAGCCCCUUCUCAAUUUCUCCCACCGCCUUCUCCAUCUCUGCAGCCCGUGCUCAGUCGUUCUUCUCCCUCUACUGGAACAAACAGGAGACUUUCUAUGAGGAGGAGCUCCUGCGAUUAAAGAGAAUUACGUCAUCCCUUCACUUGAACAGCAACGAGCUCGUGGAGCUCUUCACGAGUGGCAAGUUCACCAUCAGGAUGUCCAGUGACUCCUACCAGUGUCUUAAGAAAUACCUGCAGGUGAAGAAUGAGACUCUGCUUCUGAAGAUAAUACAGAGCUUUAUCAACCUUGAACUGUUUGACGGGACGCCGCGGACCAGACUAGAUAUCCGGGCCUCCAUGGGUGCCCUGGAUGGAGAGGCACCAACUAAAGCGAACAAGAGCAAGGUGUUUUGGGGUAUUCCGAGGGACCCAGACCUGGUCGCUGCUCUGCAGGAGUUGGAGGAGGAGGAGAGUGAGAUGGUGGGAGAUGACGAGAAACCAAAGGGAGGGAGAGAGGGAGGGAUGGACGAGAGUGAGAUGGUGGGAGGAGACAAGGGGGGCGAGGGAGGGAGAGAGGGAGGGAUGGACGAGAGUGAGAUGGUGGGAGGAGACAAGGGGGGUGAGGGAGGGAGAGAGGGAGGGAUGGAUGAGAGUGAGAUGGUGGGAGAUGACGAGAAACCAAAAGAAAAAGAAGCCAAAAAAAGACCCGUAUGGAUCUGCAGUCUAACAGGAGUCAGUAUAUCAGAUGACUCCAGUCUCCUGGCCGCUGCCUUCAGCAGUUCUCGUAUCAAGGUCUGGAGCCUCAGUCCUAAGAGACUCUACUCCCUCAAGCCUCCGUCUCAGAUGCAGCAAGUCACUCUCACUGCAGGGAGUGACGUUAGAACUCUGGUGGGUCACGCCGGUCCUGUCUACUGCACAACCUCCAAUGCAGACAACAGUUUCCUGGCCUCCGGCUCGGAAGACGGCACGGGCUCUAGUGACAAGGCUGUCAGACUGUGGGACAUUCUAACCGGUCACUGUGUCAGGAUAUUCACCGGCCACAAGGCAGCCACUUUCACCCUUGCCUUCUCCUCUGAUGGCAAACUACUAGCAUCUGCAGGAGCUGACAAGCGCAUUCUGGUGUGGGACAUUGGCAAAGCCAGCAAAGUCUGUGAGCUGAAGGGACACACAGACACCGUCUAUCAGCUUGUGUUCUCCAGAGACGGCACCAUCCUUGCCUCUGGAGGGCUGGACAACUGUGUCAGGUUGUGGGACGUGUCCUCAUUUGAAGAGACAGGCAAUCGAAACGAACCUCAAGGAAGUUUGCUGGUGAGUCUGCCAACCAAGUCAACUCCAGUACACUCCCUGCACUUCACUCGCAAGAACCUUCUGCUGGUGGCCGGGCCAUAUACUGGAUAACUAACCCGAUCGAUGAUCAUGGUGCUGCAGUUGAUGUUAUAGCUAUUGUAGGGGCACAUUACACACUUCUCUUGGGGAUGAAUAGCUACACAUUAGUAUACACACAAAUAAUUAUUGUUGAAUAACUCUUUCGAGUAUGGUAUGUUGUAUAUACAUCACACUCUUCUAUAAUGAAGUGUAU